GUACGGACGUUGUGUGAUUCUAGAGUUUUGAUUGUUCGCGCUUCGAUCGUGUUCCGAUAGUUGUGCAGAGUUUGGCGGUUCGUGCUAUUUGUGCUAAAACUGCUUCAACUAGUUGAUGUUGAGCGGCUUGUGUUGGUUAUUGUGACUUAUGGCAAAAGAAAGUUUCAAUUGCAUUUUUAUGCAUUAGUUUAACAAGCUUUACGCUUCACGUGUGACGAUUUCGUGAUAAAACUAAACAUCUAAGUAGUCUAACCUACAUUGACAACGCAGUGCCAAGUGAAAGUUUUUAAAACUUUUGUUUUUAUAUUCAGCCGCUAUUGAACCUUACAAGACGUUUAGAAUAUCCGACAAAUCUCCGUUUGGGAAUUUCUUUUGGACCAAUAAAAAUAAUUGGAAAAGUUUAGGACGCCUGUGGGAAAGAUUGCAGCUGCUGACCCGAAAAGUGUUAUAAAAAUAACGAUUUAACGAGAGAUUUAUCUGAGGUCUUUGAAAUCCGAUCGGAGGAUGAUUAAUAGCGCGUGUGCUAUGAGGAUGCGUUUUGGAAAACGCUGAAAUCAUUGGGUUUUGAGGGAAAUACAUUUUUGGGCUUUAUGAGGGAGAGAAGGUCCUUGCCGAUAAGCAGCGAGGUGGCGCUGAAAAGUGAAAAAGAUGGAGGGAAAUUGGUUGUGAACUCUGUUUUAUGUGGCGUGGUAGAUGAACUGUCUAGUGCUCGGACUGGGAGACGAGGCUCGUGGGUGCGUCACGCAGUCAUGGGAGUUCUCAGGUGGAAAGAUUUGACAGGCGUCAGGACCAGCACGCCCACAGAUCAAAAAGAGGUGUCAAGGCCAGAAAACCGCCGAUCAGUAUCAGUUGGCGCUACUGGUGGAGUUACUGCCACGGAACGACAUUCGUACGCUGAAGGUCGAGUACCUGCUCCUCAUGGGCUCCCGCCCUCGCCAGGCGCCGUGGCCGCACAGCGAAGAGUUGCCGCGGCCUGUCAGGCCAGCCGGAGACUCUUGGAAGAGACGCUGGCUAAAGGUGGAACCCCACCAACGAUCGUGCAACCCCCCAAUGGCGGGUACUGGGUGGAUGGAGUGGAUGACACACCACCUGGUGCAGAAGAAUCUGAACGCACACAACAGCCUGGCACUCCACGGCAGGCUUCACGACGGCAUAAUAUAGACACCGAUGACACUGCCAAGUAUUACAGGCGAUUCUUCUUUGGCAUGGAGCACAUCAACUUGGUUGGGUUCGACGAGAACCUGGGCCCGGUGGUGAUGUCACUGAAGAACGAACACGUAGCCGGACAGGAUCACACGAGGAUACUGCUCCGACUCCGCACAAAUACUAUGCAUGGACUCAUUCCCACCACUAGAUCGAGCAUAAUGCCAUCUCCGCUAAAAAUGGCAAGAAUGUUGAACGAACAAGUGAACGUCGAUUUCAUGGCAGUAAUGUGUUUAAACGCGUCGUCACUGAUCGCAGCCUUCGAUGAGCACGUUUUAGUGAAUACGUUCAAAUUCGGUGUCCUAUAUCAAAAAUAUGGACAAACCACCGAAGAAGAAUUAUUUGGAAACAACGAAACGUCGCCCGCGUUCGACGAGUUCCUGGAAAUGUUGGGACAGAAGAUCAAAUUGAAGGAUCAUAAAGGAUACCGUGGUGGUCUAGACAUUAUGAACGGGCACACAGGCACAGAGGCCGUUUACGAACGCUUCUUCGACAGAGAGAUCAUGUUUCACGUAGCUCCACUGCUACCACAUACAUCUGGAGAUGCUCAACAGCUACAGAGGAAGAGACAUGUUGGAAACGAUAUUGUGGCUAUAGUUUUUCAGGAAAAGGCGACUCCCUUCACGCCAGACAUGAUUGCCUCGCACUUCCUUCACACAUUCAUCGUGGUCACGCCUCUAGAAACGGUCGGCGGGGAGACCAGGUACAAGGUGGCCGUCACCGCGCGUAAGGACGUACCAUUUUUCGGGCCGACUCUCCCGCAGCCGUCCGUAUUCAAAAAAGGCUCUGAAUUCAAAGAAUUUCUUCUAACAAAACUUAUCAACGCAGAAAAUGCAUGUUACAAAGCUCAAAAAUUCGCCCAGCUCGAGCUACGAACCAGAGCGUCGCUGUUACAAAAUUUGGCUGAAGACUUAAAGAAUAAGACCUUGGAAUUUCUUGGUACUGGAGUUAGAAUAGAGCCUGGGGCGGUUUCGCCUCAACCGGAUGGCACACCGAAGCAAGACGGUCCUGGUGCAAGGUUUAUUGAUACCGUAAAGAAGGCACUCAUUUCUAAAGUGAGGUCACCAAGCGUUGAUACGAAUCUCUCAGGCGAUAGUAACAAAAACCCCAUUAAAAGUUGCAAAGUUCUACAUGAAACUCCUACUCCUAAUAGUGGUCGUUCCAAGUCAUCUGUGGCGUCGUCGUCUGUGAGCGCUGUCUCAGUCCGCUCGGCAGGGGGCUCUGGCGAGUCGAGUCCCGACGUGACGUCACGCGCCGCCCCUCCGCGCCCCCUUCAUGAUCACAGCGACGACUCGAGCUUGAACUCCGUGGACUUGGACCCACUUGACGACAAGGACUGGCUGAGUUGUGGUAAAGCAACAGGAGCAGUGUACGUAGACAGCGAUACGGGACUAGAGUCAAUGUCAUCAGCGGAAGCGGGCGCGGCGAACACGCGCGGCGAGCCGCUCGUCACGCAACGCGCCGACGCUGAACAGCUGCGGCAGGAAGUCUGUCGGCUCAAAAAUGACAAGCUUGAUCUGUUGAAACAGAAUAUUAACUGGCAAAACGAAAUAAAAUUCCUACGAGAGAGAGAGAUGACGCUACAAGCCGAACUAGCUGCCGCAGCACGUGAAGUUAGAAGACUUCGCGAACAGCAAGGAGGCACUAUUAUACCAAAUCCAUCGACACAUGAUUCCACUGCUUGAAGUAUUGAAUCUUAUUAUAAUUAUAAUACGGAAUAAUUUGGAAAAAUCACAGUUAAAAUCUCGAUAUGUUAGCGUAAAUGUAAGACGUAUAAAGUCCGUAGAGGUUUUUUCAAUAACGUGCCUACCUAAUCGUCAACUAUUAAUAUAACAUCUUUAUGUAUCUAACUCCGUGUAAUCUAAACCAGAUCUUGGUGACAUUACAUUACGAAUGUUUUUCACAAAAUGUAGUACGUGUUUAGUUUCUUGCGAAUUGUUUUCUUAAUAUAUAGGUCGCAAUGGAAAAUAUAUUUUAUGUAAAAAUGGAGCAAGAGGCUACGCAAGGUCCUAAUUAUUAUCUGUCAUACUUUAAACGUUGCUAAGUUUGAAACCGAAUGUAUAAAGCAACUGUUUAUAUAAAAAAAAAAUUGCUAUUCUUAACUACACAUUUUUUUCCAAGACUGAGUAAAAUGACGUUGUAAUUUCACGUUUC